AUCAAACUGGGUUUCUAAUGUACAUUUUGCGCGCGUAAGUGCAGCUCUUCUGUUUUCGGAUAUUCAGAUUUAUCGAAAAGCUGAACUUGGCUGAAUUUCAGUCUCUUGAGUUUCACUUACGUUUUCUUGGUGAUUCUCAUUGUAAUCAUGUGGAAUAACGAAAGUUCUAUGGGUGAAGGUGGAUUUAUGAACGAUAGCAUGCAGAGUACUGGUACCGGCAAGAAAGGGCCACAAAAUGACAAGACUAUUGUUCCCGUAUUAAUAAAACAUAUCACGUCCACCACAGGAGAUCUGCAAAUCGCCGGCAGAACUGUAAACGUUUUGUCACUUGUUGGAAUCGUACGUCAUAUUGAGCAAGACACGACAAAAAUCUCAUUCAAUAUCCAGGAUGAUACAGGUACUCUUACAGCUAUUAUGUGGCUAGAAGCAGAUAAGAAUCCUGCUGAAUGUAACACUUGUACACAAAUAAAUACAUAUGUGCGAGUUUAUGGACUGAUACGCACACAAAAUAAUCAACGACAUGUCUUGAUUCUACGUAUGUAUCCUCUGGAAGAUUUGAAUGAUUUGACAUGUCACUUUAUGGAGGUUAUGUAUGUCAUACUGAAAGCUAGCAAACCUGCAGAAGAAACUAAUUUACCUUCUAAUAGUUCAUUAAUGGUUGAUAAUACAAUGAGUGGCAUGUCAUCUGAACAAGUGGCAGUUCUCGAGGUGGUUCGAUCAGCAAAUGAAGCUGAAUGUGGUAUUGAGAAACGAGAUAUUUUGGCACAAGUACCAAAACACAUUAUAUCUCGUUUAGAUGAGAUAUUAGAUUUUCUUCUCUGCGAAGGACAUAUUUAUACAACCAGUUCAGAGGAUUUCUUUAAAGCUACCUAA